CCUAUUAGUCGUCCGCUGCGUCACGACGGGCGCCACUUCCAGGAUUCAUUCAUUAGUUUUUUUUGUUUUUUUCAUUCUCGAGGGUAGUAAGGCCUGGUUGAUAGCCAUGGAGAGCGCUCUCCCUGCGGCCGGCUUCCUGUACUGGGUGGGCGCGGGCACCGUAGCCUACCUGGCCCUGCGCAUCUCGUACUCGCUCUUCAUGGCCUUUCGAGUCUGGGGGUUGGGUCACGGGCCUGGGGUUGGACCAGAGCUCGGUGAAUGGGCAGUUGUCACAGGUGGUACUGAUGGAAUUGGAAAAUCAUAUGCAGAAGAGUUGGCAAAGUGUGGAAUGAAGGUUGUCCUUAUCAGCAGGUCCCAGGAUAAACUGAAUGAGGUUUCCCGUGAAAUAAGAGAAAAAUUCAAAGUGGAAACAAAGACGAUUGCUGCUGACUUUGCAUCCGAAGAUAUAUAUGAUAAAAUUAAAACAAGCUUGGAAGGCCUUAAAAUUGGUGUUUUAGUGAACAACGUGGGAAUAUCAUAUGAGUAUCCUGAAUACUUUUUGGAAAUUCCUGACUUGGACAAUACCAUCAAGAAAAUGUUAAAUGUUAACAUUCUUUCUGUUUGUAAGAUGACACACUUGGUGCUGCCUGGCAUGGUAGAAAGAUCUAAAGGCGUGAUUCUGAACAUCUCCUCCGCCAGUGGCAUGAACCCAUUUCCACUGCUGACCAUCUACUCUGCAACCAAGGUCAAUAGCACCAUCUGCAUAUACACUGUUGAGGCAAAAGGAUACAUCUCUGAAAUGGGAAUGCCUGCUGAGGGUUUUGUAGAUUUCUUCUCUCAGUGCAUCCAUGAGGAAUAUAAGAGCAAGGGCAUCUUUGUGCAGAGUGUCCUGCCCUUCUUUGUAGCUACGAAAAUGUCUAAAAUCCGGAAACCAUCUUUGACCGUACCCACUUCAGAGGCAUAUGUGAAGUCGGCGAUGAAAACAGUGGGGUUGAAAACCCGAACCAAUGGAUACCCGAUCCAUUCUCUUAUGGGUACAAUUGUCUGCAUGCUGCCUUCUUCAUUGUAUUUGAAACUGUCCAUGUAUAGGGGCAAGUCCAUACGGGCUCGCUAUCUGAAGAAAGCCAAGAAGAACUAAGCGUUGAUAACUGCUCUGCGUAGCUCGGCCAGAUGCUCCAGCCUCCACACGCUUCUCGCGGGCCACCCACGCAGCUCCCAAGUCUUCAGGCGUUUUAAUAGUUACUAACAAGGCUGAAUGUGGCCAUAAUCAGGAAGGAAGCAGGAGCUCCUGACAUAUAUUCUGGAUGCUACCAGCAGCAGUUAUUGUGUAGUUUAAUAUAAAUGCUCAUAUCAAUUGGAUGUAGAACUAAUAUUAACAAGAACAACUUAAUGGGAAGGAGCACAAGUUCAGCAAAUCACAGGAUAGAGUCAGGCAUAAGGCCCAACAGUUUCAUCUGGCCCAAAGUGUCAAUGACGACUCUUGUAUCUUCUCUGAAACAUACUUUAAAAAGUCAUGGCCAGCUCCUCGUUCUUGUUUUUAACAGUUUGAGGGACUGGAGAUGAAUGGAUUUACACGGGGAGGACACACUGCAGUUUGCAUAGUUCUUUGUAAGCUUUUCUAAAGGCCUGUCCCCGUUUGUAUGUUAUAUGGAACUAUCUUUUUCCAAGCAGCUAAUGACAAAAAUAAUUUGGAGAUUUUUUUACAUGUGAAACCUAUAAAAAUAUGCUUUCCUCUAAUAUUUCUUCUCAGUUUAAAUGUAUGUAGCUACUUCAAGGUGUAUGGUAUGAUUUACAAAGGUAAAUGGGCCAAAAUGUACACUGAGCCAGCCAGCCACCUGUGGUGCCACUAAAACCUGCCCAGGAAAGUGGCCUGGUGGACCCGAGGCCUGGUUUCUGUGCUUCAAUAAUACUGCUUACAUAUGUGACAGAGGCUGUUCCUAGAACAGCAAUGACAUCAGAGAAGUGGGCUUGAACUUUGAGAUUAAUACCCUAUAAAUACUGAUAUAACUAGUCUUAAUGAAAGGUAAUAGAACUGUGGUGUUGAUUAACAGUAUAUUUCUUUGGUGCUUGAAAUUAAGGCCAUUGUUACACUGGCUUAAUAUAAAUUAAGGCUUACUUUUAUCCUGCUAUAUAACUUGUUUGGGGAAAUUGCUAAGCAAUAAUUCAAUGUUGUGAGACAUGUCAUCUAAAAAGGUAGACCUUUUCCUAGGCUGUGAUUCCAAGGCUGAGUUUUAAGCAUCAAUAAAUUAGCACAAAAAUUUUUAAUUGGGGUAUUUAAGUGUUUCUAGAUUUUAAUUUUAUCAGCUAAGGAUAUAAAAACAGAAAACCAAAUUACCAUCGUUAUAUAAAAGACAUUUAAUAGCAUACAAAAAGUGGAAAGAACAAUCUCAGAAUAAGGAAUACUCAUUUAAAUGGAAUAAAGGCAGCUUUUUUGAAAAA